GAAAAAAUAAAUAAAACGCUAGUAUGGUAAGUGGUCGAUUGAAGCUUUUACUCUGAAAAUCUUGCCCAGAUCUUUUGGUGUGUUUACAGUUAAUAAAGGACACAGCGUGUGGACGUGGGCUGUGAUCACCGCUGUUCCCCGCUUUCCAGCGUGGAUUUACAUAUAGCCACAUUUUCUACUGUGGCAGUGGGGAAGCAAAAGAGGAGGGUGGCGAGACUUUCAGGAACCCAGACGGCAGACGGCAACCAACUUAACUCAACGCUUUGGCUUAACCCCCGCCCCCCGUCGGGAGGCAGGCUGGGAGGUUUUCGGACAAGUCGGGAAGCAGUUGACGCCGGUUCGUGGGGCUGUGGCCAUGGCCGGAGGUGGCGGCGGUGGCGUCGGGCUUUCUCCACUGGGGCCCGUACCGCCGAUGUGGUAUCACCGGGACCUCAGUCGUGCUGCGGCCGAGGAGCUGCUGGCUCGCGCCGGGAGGGACGGCAGCUUCCUGGUACGGGACAGCGAGAGUGUCAACGGGGCUUACGCUUUGUGUGUACUGUUUCAGAAGCAUGUCCACACAUACAGAAUCCUCCCAGAUGAAGAAGGAUUUUUGGCUGUGCAGACGUCACAGGGCGUGCAGCCCAAGAGAUUAAAAACAUUACCAGAGCUUGUGUCGUUGUACCUGCAGCCCAGCCAGGGUCUAGUGACCACUCUGCUUUACGCUGUCGACCGAGAGGAAACCGCCAUCCCCGAUGACCGCGACUAUUCAGAUGGCGAGGAUGAGAAGCCACCCCUCCCCCCUCGCUCAGCCUCCACCUCUACUCCUCCUGGGUCAGAUACAUCCACUGACAGUGCCCCAACAGCGAAUGGCCUGAGCACUAUCUCCCACGAGUAUCUUAAGGGCAGCUAUGCGUUAGACCUGGAGGCUGUUAAACAGGGAGCCUGCUCGCUGCCUCACCUCAACAAGACACUUGUGUCCUCUUGCAAGCGUCUCAACGGGGAAGUGGAUAAGGUCCUGUCUGGUCUCGAGAUCCUGUCAAAAGUCUUCGAUCAGCAGAGUGCCUUCAUGGUCUCGAAGAUGAUCCAACAAUCAGUGCAUCAGGGUGGAGACCAGGAGUUGGAGAACCUUGUGACCAAGCUGGCCAUCCUCAAAGACCUGCUGUCAUCUAUAGAGAAGAAGGCUCUGAAAGCUCUUCAGGACAUGAGUUUGUCUACUUUGUGCUCCCCUCCUCCUCUCUCCAUGCGUCACAGCAAAGCCAUCCCUGUGCAGCCCUUCGAGGUCAAACUGGAUGUCUACCUGGCAGAGCUGACCAAGAUAGGAAAGAGUCAGAAGUACACUCUGUCUGUGGAUGUGGAGGGAGGUAGAUUGGUAGUGAUGAAGAAGGUGAAGGACAGCCAGGAAGACUGGACAACUUUCACACAUGACAAAAUCCGUCAGCUGAUCAAGUCUCAGCGGGUGCAGAAUAAGCUGGGCAUUGUUUUUGAGAAGGAAAAGGACAAGAGCCAAAGGAAAGACUUCAUAUUCGCUAGUGCCAAGAAGCGGGAGGCCUUUUGCCAGCUGCUACAGCUGAUGAAAAACAAACAUUCAAACCAGGAUGAGCCUGACAUGAUAUCUGUCUUCAUCGGCACCUGGAACAUGGGCUCUGUUCCUGCUCCGAAAUCCGUGGCCUCAUGGGUGUUAUGCCGAGGACUCGGAAAGACUCUGGACGAGAUGACCGUCACUAUCCCACAUGACCUGUAUGCAUUUGGGACGCAGGAAAACUCCGUGUGCGAUCGGGAGUGGGUGGAGUCGUUACGAGUCAUGUUGAAAGAACAAACAGAACUGGAUUAUAAACCGAUAGCGGUGCAGACACUAUGGAACAUAAAGGUCGCUGUGCUGGUGAAACCAGAACAUGAGAACCGCAUCAGCCAUGUUGGAAUGUCCAGUGUCAAGACUGGCAUCGCCAACACACUUGGUAACAAAGGUGCUGUGGGGGUUUCUUUCAUGUUUAACGGAACAUCUUUCGGUUUUGUAAACUGUCACUUGACCUCGGGGAAUGAAAAGAUUGCAAGGAGAAACCAAAACUAUCUCGACAUUUUGCGUCUACUUUCACUUGGAGACAAACAGCUGAGUUCCUUUGACAUUUCACUGCGCUUCACACAUCUUUUCUGGCUGGGAGACCUCAAUUACAGACUGGACAUGGACAUUCAGGAGAUCCUUAACUACAUUAACAGGAAGGAGUUUGAUCCACUGCUGAAGGUGGACCAGCUAAACCUGGAGAGGGAGAAGAACAAAGUAUUUUUACGCUUCGCAGAGGAAGAGAUCUCAUUCCCACCCACCUACCGAUACGAGCGUGGAUCGAGGGACACGUAUGUUUGGCAAAAGCAGAAAGCCACUGGGAUGAGGACUAAUGUUCCAUCCUGGUGUGAUAGGAUCUUGUGGAAAUCUUACCCAGAAACACACAUUGUUUGCAACUCCUAUGGGUGCACUGAUGAUAUUGUGACUAGUGACCACUCCCCAGUGUUUGGCACAUUUGAGGUGGGCGUGACCUCACAGUUUGUCUCCAAGAAAGGGUUGCCUAAAUCUUCUGAGCAGGCCUACAUUGAAUUUGAGAGCAUCGAGGCCAUAGUGAAGACUGCUAGCAGAACAAAGUUCUUCAUCGAAUUCUACUCCACAUGUUUGGAAGAGUUCAAGAAGAGUUACGAGAACGACAGUCAGAGUAGCGAUAAUGUCAACUUCCUCCGCGUGGGCUGGUCCAACAAGCAGCUGACGACGCUCAAACCUCUUCUGUCGGAGAUCGAAUACCUUCAGGACCAACACCUGCUACUCACUGUGAAAUCCCUGGAUGGAUAUGAAUCUUAUGGAGAGUGUGUGUUGGCGCUGAAGUCGAUGAUUGGCAGCACAGCGCAGCAGUUCCACACCUACCUGUCUCACCGUGGCGAGGAAACGGGAAACAUCAGGGGGUCAAUGAGGGUCAGAGUCCCUUCUGAAAGGAUGGGAACCAGGGAAAGACUCUAUGAGUGGAUCAGUGUGGACAAAGAUGAAGCAGGCGUACCUAAAGGGAAAUCUACCCUGUCAUCCAGAGUGGGGCACGAAUAUGUGAAGCCACCAAUGGUUCGUAAACAAGUUGGAGAGCUGGGGAAGGUCAGUGAAGAGGUCGAGAAGAGCAGCAAGGAGGAAACUGCUGCAAGGCCAAAGCAGGAUUCUUCUGAUGGUGAGCAGUCUGUCGGCAAGAACAGCUACAAUAACCCCGCCUACUACAUUUUGGAAGGUGUUCCCAAUCAGUCGGCCGCUGCUUUGUCAUCUGAGCUUCUCCCAUCCCCCACCUCCACCACCCCCCAGGCAACGAAAGCCCCCCCUCCCAUCGCUGUAGCUCGGACCAAACCCCCAUGUGCCCCCGCAGGCCCUUCUCACCCGCGCAGGCCCGUGACAGGUCACACGGUGCGCGUCAUCAGUGAGGAGGGGUCCUCGGAGGACGAUGGAGGAGCUUGUGUAGGCGUAGCACAAGGGGGAGCCGCUGUGGGGAGCACACUGAAUCGGCCCCCUCCGGAUUUCCCACCCCCUCCUCUCCCCAAGGGAGCCAUGGAGAUGGCCGUGGACGCGCCUUUCCUGAAGCCCCGCUCACUUCACCCGGAUCUUGCUGAGGUCAAGAUCUCUGCGGCAGGUCCCGGUGCCCCGCUGGCCCUCGGGGAAAGCUUCAGGCGAGGAGGCGGCGCUGUCGGCGGCAGGGCGUUGGACGACCAGUCUUGUUCUGUGCUUCAGAUGGCAAAGACGCUGAGUGAGACGGAGUUUCCGGGGCAGCCCCCACGCGCUCCCUCUGCACCGCCUCCCCUCAGGGGGCAGGCCAUGGGUUUAGGUCUGGACGCCUGCCGCACCCUCCCACCCAGAAAUGCCAUCACAGAAAGUAUCGCUGAGGAUCUUCCCGAAGAGGCACUUUGGGGUAGCAGCAGCUCGUCUUUGUCCGUGGGGGACUCUUCAGUGGGGGAGUGGCUGCAGAGACUGGGACUUGAAAGAUAUGAGCAGGGCCUCCUGCACAACGGCUGGGACGACCUGGAAUUUCUCAGUGACAUCACUGAAGAGGACCUGGAGGAGGCAGGAGUACUUGACACCGCCCACAAGUGUAUCCUGCUGGAGAGCCUCCGGCAGCAACAGAAACUGUAGCAAAUGGGCCUGAGGACUUUCCAAAGCACUCAAGACAGUAUGCAGCCUUCCCACAAGGCCAAGUGUCAGCAGAACAUUUCAAAUCCAAUGUGCCUUCUGAGAGAGUGUACACUUAUUUUUUAUUUUUAUUUUUUUUUACUCUUGACUUGCUGACAGCAUCCCUUUUUCAAAACAUACUUUCAAAUGCUUGUUGUAGACGCGGCCUUAUUCAAAGGUCAGCGGCUGCCGCAGCAAUACGGCAGGAGAUCUCGUUGUCAUGAGAAACAAAUAACGCGAUUACUGGAGAGGAAUCGUGACAUCCGUUGUAACUUCGGACUUGAGCAACCUCAGCAGGAGAGCGAAAAUCAAGGCCUUUUGGGCCGGUGUCUUGACAUUCAAGCCUUGUAUGCCCUCCUCCACUCCUGAUGACAAAGUGGGCCAGCUCUCAGGUAUUUCCCCGCCCAGUGGUUGCAACCUGAAAGUUGAUGUGGGAGGAAGUCAGCCCAGUUAAAUGUCAAGCCACAAAGAGACAAACAGAAAGUGGGCAACCGCUUUCGAAUGCUGCAUAAAGGAAGAUGAGAAGAUGACGUGGACUGAACUCACACCUUUUCACUUUGGACUUCAGUUUCAGUGUUUGAAUAUAUUUAUAGCAGCUUCUUCUCGCGAGGGUAAAGGGAAAAAUGUCGCAAACCAGUACUGAAUGAGCCAGAAGUGCGCGCAACAUCAAGCAGUUAGUUUUUGAUACACGCUUCAUGUUGGUAUUCCAAUUUGUUGGGACGUUUCGGUGCUCAGUCGCCUUGCGCCCAAAUGCUUGGAAAGGGACAGCACCAAGCAAGUUGGUUGACGUUUGUCCACACUCGAUUUGACUGUGACCGCACAAGCCAGGUUUCGUGGGCUUAAUUAAUGUCACAUCUGUGUACUGAAUUGCUCAAGAAAUCCAUUUUAAGAGGUCACACGCUAACAGUCAGCGGAAAGCCAAUUUCUGUGGUUAUGUGGCUGUGGUGAUUUGACCACGAGGUGGCGCUGCUACACCGUCAGCCUUGCACAGCUCUUGACUAGAAACCUGAUGACAAGUCAGUUUUGAUCAGUCCUCACUCAGUGUUCUGAAAGAUUAUAUAGGAAAAAAAAUACAGUUAUGUUACCUGGCCAAGUGAAUUAUAUGAGUUCUUAAUCUAGUUCCUGCUCUAAAAGCCAUUGUAGUGUUACAGGCGGGCUCCGCUACUUAAAUCAUCACACACCAAUCUGAAUUAACCUCUUGCUGCAACUUGUGGCCUAGCAGACUACUCCAAAUGUUAAAUGUUUGUUGUGUGAGUGUAGCAGUUUCAUAUGCUGUAUGUCCGGAUCAGAUUAAUCCCAUAUUGUCCUUAUAUGCACCCUUAUUUUCCCCCAAAAAUUGACACAUUUAACUUAACCUGCCUUGUGUGUGCGUGUGUGUGUGUGUGUGUUUGCAUCAUGUCUUGUUCUUUGCUUAGUCUCAUGGUUGUGUUAACUUAAUGCCAAUUUGUGUAGCCACGUAAUUUUGUUUUUCAAUUAAAAAUGUAACAUGUUU